UUAUGCUGCCGGCAUGGUAUUUCUUAUUGGAAAUCAAAGGUCAGCUGGUGCUGUAUAAUUUCAUCAUCCCUUUGAUAAGUUAUCAUCAGUCUGAAUUUUGGUAAGCUAGUGGAUUCCAAAUGAAUAUAACGUUUUUGCAUUUCAUACACGUACACUUAAGACCUAAUGUAACCAGUGAUACACCGGCCUCUGAAUCCCAGUAAAAUAGUGCCUAUUCAUCUUCGUUUUGUGCCUGUGAUAAAAGCGGAGAUAACAGACGUCACUUUCCUGCCCUCGUUAAACAGUGGUAUCUUCCUCGAAAGACAAAGCUGCGAUAAGACAUCUGCCUGUCCGUCCUACGAUUGUUUCGCCAAGGCGCCACAUUUUAGCUUCAGCGUUUUGCUCGAUGUGCGAAAAGUGCGCAAAAACAAGCCCCUAGAAAUAACACAUGACAUGCUACCAGCGCACAUGUGACGUGUUCCGGUCAGUCAAUCAACAAAGUUGAAAGUGUGAGGACCGCCAGUGAAAACAUACCGCAGAAAAACGUAGAGAAACAAUUUCGUUAUCAGCAUCAGAGAUAAUAAGCGCGAAGCCUGCUGAUUCGUGCCCCCAGCAGAGUUAAACUGCAUCGAUUACAUUUUAAAGUGCCGUUCUAUAUCUCGCGAAGAAUACAAGUGGCGAUAUUUGGGUCAUCAGUGCAUCGUUUUUCAAGUUCUUUUGGGGCUGCAAAACGUGCUCUACUAGCGACAAUCCAAAGAAAAAAAUCGUAAGAUUUGGAUUACUACUACUUACUCGUCAAGAGGCAGACUGAUAAAAGAUAGAGAGGAACUGUGCUGAACUGAUAAGAGACGAACAGCAGUUGGAAGGGAAUUCCGCCGCAGAGCGACUCAAUGAAACAACGCUUAGUAACGACACUGAAUUGAUACCUUAUUUGUUUUCACGGAGCUUAAGCGAGUUGAAAACAUCAGAAACUACCAACAGCCUCUUAAUUUUGCCACUACAGAUUCACGAUGCACGGAGAUAGCAAGGGAGCAGGGUUUAAGACGGGAGUAAUUGAUUUUACUGCUGGUUCACUGGGCGGUGUUGCGCUGGUCUACGUAAGCCAACCAAUGGACACAGUCAAGGUGAAAAUGCAAACCUUCCCACAUCUGUACAGAAAUAUGAUCGAAUGUACCGUACGCACCUUCCAGCGGGAUGGUGUAGUACGAGGGUUGUACGCCGGAACACUGCCAGCCGUGGUUGCGAACGUGGCAGAAAAUUCGGUCCUCUUCGCUGCCUACGGAGCCUGCCAGAAGCUAGUCGCGUUGGUUGAACGGAAGCCGUCGGUAGCCGAACUAACUAGCCUAGAAAAUGCUACUGCAGGCUUUCUUGCCGCUUUUUUCUCCUCCUUCACACUGUGCCCAACUGAGUUGAUCAAAUGCAAACUGCAAGCCAUGCGUGAAGUACAGCAGAACAAUUUGAAGCCAAACGAGAAGUUGCCCCGGAUUUCACCCUACCAACUAACGAAGCAAAUUCUUCGAACGCAAGGCAUACCGGGAAUGUUCCGUGGAUUGACAUCCACAUUUGCACGUGAAAUGCCAGGAUAUUUCUUUUUCUUCGGAGGGUAUGAGGCAACCCGGGAGCUUCUAGCGAAACCUGGCCAAACAAAGGAUGAAAUUGGACCGCUGAAAACAAUGGCGGCUGGUGCUAUCGGAGGAAUUGCCCUGUGGACGUCUAUCUUUCCGGCAGACGUCAUCAAAAGUCGAAUUCAAGUACAGAGUCUUACGGUUAGCAUGACUCAGGUGGGAAUCGAAAUAAUUCGCAAGGAAGGCGUCCUAGCGCUGUACAAUGGGCUGCAGCCGACCAUCGUGCGGACCAUUCCAGCCACGGCGGUUCUUUUUGUUGUCUACGAGUACACUAAACGGUUUAUGACCGAGCUGUUUGUUUAGAACAAGGGACUAGCGCCGAUACGGCGAAAACGCUUUUUACUGAUGCCGCAUUUUUGUACGCUUAGAUUGUAAAUAACUUUUAGAUAGAAUAUGAUUCGCCUACCUCCUAUGAAUAACAGGACAACAGUUGGCUCAUUUCAAUGACCAUGCCCUACCGCUGAUUCAUCGGUAACAGUUCAUUGAGUUUCGUCAACAGAUAUGCCUCUUUUGCGUGUACUGACUCCAGUGGCCACUCAUGCCAAGGUAUCUAAGAAAGAACAACAAUAUGCAAUACGUUUAGAGUAAAUAAUUAAUUAAAAAAACCUAUUUACCACAAUAGUUUCGAA